GGCAACUUGGAGGGGGAAUUGAAGGGAAGCGACAAGGACCGGAGGUUAAAGUAACAAUAAACGACGACGACGACGACGACGACGACGACGGGGACAACGGACAAGGAGAGGAACACGGCAGAGGACAUCCAAGGGGCCCAGCAGCAUCAUCUGCAGUAUUUGAUUUAUUUCGAAGGCGUAGGGCCACAUCUUUUGGUCUCCCACCAGUUGUAUAACGCGCGCAAGUUGCCCUCGUGCACUUGGCUUGCUGGCCUGGUCAGAUAUCUGGGUCUUUCCUGUUCGGCGUGGCUUUUUUUCGGUGCACCAUUUUCGCUUCUGCUAGCUGGUCUCGCAGAUCACCCAAAAUCAACCGUUCUCCCCUAGUUGAAGUUUAGUGGACUUGGGUUCACAUUCUCUAGCUACUACCCAUAUCCUAAAUUCCUAUCAGACACCUUUCUCGACCCUACCAACUUCCUUCAUACAUGCCAGCACUUCCAAGUCGAGGACCGCACAUUUCAAUCCUGUAGCCACCUUCCAUUAACCAUCCCCUUUACGUCUCCGCCUCCACAACUUAGUGCGCACACUAACGGCGACGGCUACAUCCUUGAAAAUCUCCGAGUAAGCCUCAUAGAAUCCCUCCCCGUGCUGCGCAAUAUCGUCUCGAACUCUGCCUUUCCGCGUACUAGUCGCCCUCAUAGUGUAAGCCGCUGUCACACCCUCUUACCAAGUUUAGAGUUGGUCUCAACGACGAGACGAUUGUUCCAUAGUAUUGUAUAUAUCCAUCCAAGGAAAACUACUGUGCAAUCUCUAAUACCGGAGCGGGACUCCCAGUAAUCCUCAUCGAUAAUAUUAGUUCUGCAUUUCAAAAGUAUCCACCUCAUCAAACUCCCUUCAAACAAACCCGAAAAAAAGCACAGUACAUCAUGGUCGCCGCACCUGUUCCAUUACCAAACGGAGAAUCACCCGCUCGAUCAAAUUCGCGAAGCGGUUCUGGCAGUGCGUCGUCCCCAUCGUCACCACGAGCGUCAGGAACGCCACCGCCUCUACCACAUGAAAAGCCUGCUCCGAUUGCAACCGGACGAUCGGGGAGAAAACAGCAUUCGCUGUUUGGGCCAUACAAAUUGGGCAGAACUUUGGGGGAAGGAGAGUUUGGGAAGGUUAAGCUGGCUGUACAUUUGGAAACGAAAAAAGAGGUGGCAAUAAAAUUGAUAAAAAAGGAGAAUAUAGAGCAGCCCACCCGCCGUGCUAAGCUCAUGAGAGAAAUCUCGAUAUUGCAGGCUGUCGACCACGCUUAUAUCGUCAAAGUGUAUGAAGUAAUUGAAACCAGAGACUACAUUGGAAUGAUUAUGGAGUAUGCUUCGGGUGGCGAAUUAUUUGAGCAUAUUUUGGCCCAUCGAUAUCUAAAGGAGAGGGAUGCUUGCCGGUUUUUUGCGCAGUUAAUCGCAGGUGUAAGCUACCUCCAUGGCCAAAAGAUUGUUCAUCGAGACCUCAAACUGGAAAAUCUCCUUUUGGACGGCCGACGAAAUGUUAUUAUAACCGACUUUGGAUUUGCCAAUCGAUCAUCGGUAGAUCCAGAUCAGCUGCUUUUGACCUCCUGUGGGAGUCCAUGUUAUGCCGCACCAGAGUUGGUGAUCAGCGAUGGCUAUGUUGGUGAGGCGGCAGAUAUAUGGAGCUGUGGAGUCAUCUUGUAUGCGAUGUUGUGCGGAUAUCUUCCGUUUGAUGACGAUCCAAAUAACCCCGACGGCGAUAACAUCAACCUCUUGUACAAAUAUAUCCUUGAAACUGAACUCGAUUUCCCAGACUACGUCGGUGAAGAUGCACGAGAUCUGUUAAAGCGGAUGCUCGUUCCAGAUCCACGAUUCAGAGCUAAUAUGCGGGAUGUCAUGCAACAUAGGUGGUUACAACCCUUUGCUUACUUUUAUCAAGAGGAGCAGAGGCGGCUGGAGGGAGCAGAUGUCGUGCCGUCUUCCGUUGAAACUGUGAAGAAAGUCCCUGAGAAAGAGGGUACGGAAUCGCCGGAUGGAAGUCUUGCAGCGACGUAUUCUACACCCCCGGCAACACCUCCGGCAAGAUUGUCAAUGUCCGCGGACCAGCCGAUCGAUCACAUGCUUGGUGUUGAGCAAGAGGACGCGGCUGUCCCUGAUGAGGAGGAUGGUACACCCAUGGAGGUGGACACUGAAAUUGUGGAUAGCAUGAGUGGUGAGGAAGUCGCAGGUCAUGGCACCGUCAAGUUGGCCAAAUCAAGCAGUGCGAUGAGUGGAGUGGAAGUAUUAGUCCUUGGCGGAACUGGCGAGGAAAUUGGCGAAUCGAUCCCUUCUGCGGACGAGAAUCAAGAGGUGACCAUUCUUGGUGUGGAAGAGACUGUUGCCGUGAUACCACCUGUGGAUGGUGUAGAUGUUGUUGAAGACAAGGCAGAAAACCCCAACGUCACACUGGAUGGGCGGGACGGCGGUCUUUCUCGAGUAUCGGAUUCGAAAGAUAGUACAUACGGAAGUCAGGUCGAAGAAGUGGUCGUGAUAGAGGACACUACUACUCAAGAUGAAAUAGACAAGGCCCUUCCUGACCUUCCUGCCGCGAUGGAAGACGAUACUCAGAUGUAUGUCGUUCCGACCUCUGUUGCCGAAUCUGCGGAAUCUGUAGCUGUGAUUGACUCGCCAAUGACCAUGAGCGAAAGUGAGGGAACCUUGACUCAGAAAAGAUCACAGAUCUUGGAAAGAUCCGAUGUGCGCUCGGUGGCUUUUGAAGAGGAAAGGGGUGGACUUUUGAUGGAGGAAAUAGGUCCAAAGCAAGAGAAAAAGGUGGAAUAUGGUCGGAAGAGUUUGGAUGUUCGUCGAACUGAAUCUGCUGCCAGUCGAAAAUCAUUUUUCGGGUGGUUAAAGAAGAGUGGGCAUUACCCACCCCCCAUGCCUGAGCCACGUCCCGUCAAACUGGAUACCAUGCGCCGCCCACAUUCUUCGGUAGACCACAGCCCUUCCACCGAAAGUGCUCCACGCUCUUCAGUCCACGCACCUUCCGUCAUGUCCAUUGCUUCUGAGUGGACUGUCGGGUCGAACUCUAGUUCAUGGACACCAUCCCACAGUACAAUAACAUUGCCAUCGGGUGUGCCAAAGGUGCCCCAUCUGCGGUAUCACUCAGGUCCCAUUGAUCAGAGGGCAUUGAGUUCGAAGCCACCCAGUCUGGUUAUUGCUGAAGUCGGGAGAGUGCUGGAGGGACUGGGCAUGGAGGUAUGGACAGUGGAUGACUUUAAGGUCAAGGUAACCAAGAAGGCAGCUGUCGCUCCGCAACGAUCAAAGUCGAGGCGAGGAGAUGACCGGCGGGGAUCGAAUACCACUGGGUCGAUGCAAGGUCCACCCGUGUCGUUCUAUUCUGCUGUCCCGAGCGCCUCGCAUCAUUUGCAAAGCCGCGGUUCGGUUUCAUCGGGGGCGAGUCUGGCGGGUGGUGAUCGAUCGUUAGUUGGCAAUGGAAAUGAAUUGGUUGCCAACAUGCAAGAUGCAGAAGAAACCGCCACGCGGAAGCAUGGUCCAGGAAAACUUGCUCAGGUUCUCGCAUCUUUCCCUGUCCAUCUUGUGAAAAAGCUACGUUACAUGGCUCGUUAUGGACCUGGUUAUAACAAGGGUUUCGGACGACAUGAAGCAGCCAUGGCAGCCAGCCAUCCACCCACAUUACCCUACCUCCAUCUCCCCUACGCAGCCAGCCGCGAUACGAUAUCCACUCACCAUUCAACAACAUCAACCACCACUGUUAACAGCAAGGAAAUCCGAUUCACUGUUGAAGUCCAAAAGAUCAAGAACCUUCCUGGACUUUUUGUGGUCGAAUUCAAACGGAUAAAGGGGGACGUAUGGGAAUUUAAACGGCUGUAUCAAGAGAUUAUUGUGGGAUUGGAAGGCAUUGUUGGCGUAGCGAGACAAUAGUUGUGGUUAGCUAUACAGGAGCCACGGCGUAUUACCUAGUUGUGUUUUUUUUUACUCUAUUUUCUUUUUCUUGUGUGAUUUUGUAGAGAGCUUGAGUUUAGAUCUCUGGUGUUUCGAAACCUUUUUGCUUCUUUUUUUUUGUUUGUGGAGAGAGAGGUUGGAAGGCAUGUCGAAUAUGGACUUUUGUGAUUACCGUC